AACCCAAAACAGGAAAAAUUUCAGUCUGUGUCUCUGUGAGAAAGAAAGUUUCUCAUCGUGUUCCUCUCUAUAGAAACAGAGAGAUUCUUUCUCCCCUCAACUCCUCUUCAUCUGCUUUUCACACCAAUUCAAGGUCUGCCUUUUGCGCUCUUCUGGGUUCUCUCUCAAAUUUCUCAGCUCAAAACCGCAAGCAAAAAGAGGUUGCGAGGAUGUUUUCUAUUUAGCUGGAAAUGGUGGCUAUUCUAUUGGAAACAUGUUGCGAGUGUUAUUAGGCGUUAGAAAGAAUAGUUUAUGAGGAUUCCCAAGUGCAAUUGGGUGUGUAACAAUGCUUUUGUUGUUUAUAGAAGUUGGUAAAUGUGAGAAAGUGGUCUCGUACUCUUGUUAUUGUCGUUGAUUUAUUUAAGACAGUGAAGAGGAGAAGGACAACCAUAUUGGAUGGGUAAUAAACUUGGUAAAAGGAGACAGGUGAUUGAUGAGAAGUAUACAAGACCUCAGGGUCUCUACCACCAUAAAGAUGUGGAUCAUAAGAAACUCAGGAAGCUCAUACUUGAAUUGAAGCUUGCUCCAUGCUUUCCUGGAGAUGAAGACUGCAAUCGGGAUCUUGAAGAAUGCCCAAUUUGCUUUCUGUAUUACCCAAGUCUCAACAGAUCAAGAUGUUGCAUGAAAGGCAUUUGUACUGAGUGUUUUCUCCAAAUGAAAGUCCCGAAUUCAACUCGUCCUACGCAGUGCCCUUUCUGCAAAACCACCAAUUACGCUGUGGAGUUUCGGGGUGUCAAAUCUAAGGAGGAGAAGGGUCAGGAACAAAUUGAAGAACAACGAGUCAUAGAAGCAAAAAUUAGAAUGCGACAGCAAGAGCUUCAGGAUGAAGAGAAAAGAAUGCAAAAUAGACAACUAAAUUCUUCUAGCAGAAACAUGGUACCAAUUGGGGAUGAAUACAGCUCUGUAACUGUUCCAUCUUCCACUUAUCAUGCGGAAGAAGAGGAAAUUUCUCAGGAUUCAUGUGCUUCAAUGUUAAGACCAACUCCGCCUCCGGGAGCAUACAGGGAGGAUGAAGUUGAUCCGGAUCUUGAUGAUAUAAUGCUCAUGGAAGCAAUUUGGCUUUCUAUUCAGGAGAAUGGGGGACAUAAGGCUCCAAAUUAUGUUGAUGCUGCUCAAUCUGAACAAUUUUUCACAAGACAAAGCUAUGAUUCAUCAGCUAUUAUACCUUCAGUUUCCGGGUCAUCAUCAUCACCAUCUGGGGGUCUUGCAUGUGCAAUAGCUGCCCUUGCAGAACAGCAACAAACGAGUGGGGAAUCCUCCAUCGAUCCUGGUGGCAGUAAUGUCUCAACUUUUACUAUGGUUCCAGGCACUAGCAGGUUUUACAACAGAGUGGGUGGAGAAUCUGAGAAUUAUCAGCCUGCAGUUAGCCUUUCUGAAUUGUCAAUCAAUCACAGGAUGGCUUUGACUCAAGAUGAGAGAGAAUGGAAUGGUGAAACAACACAGUCAAGUUAUGCAAGCUCCGACACAACCGAAGAUCAUGGCACUACUUCUUCAUUACCGACAUUGGAUGAGAUUGAGAGUGAACUUCAAAAUGCCCCAGGCCAUGUUGUUCCUGAGAGUUUUGAGGAGCAGAUGAUGCUGGCCAUGGCUGUUUCUCUGGCUGAGGCCAGAGCUGUAACCAGUGGACAUGGAAUUUCAUGGCAGUAGGUAGUGUGAGUUCAGCAAGCAAAUGCACAAAAAGCUGCUCGAAACAACUAGAUGAACGGUCAAGGUAGUAAUGAUUCUGUCACUUUGUCAGUGCCAAUCUGCCUUUCUAUAUAGAUGUCAAAGGGAAACUGACUAUUUUAGUGAAUGAGAGGCCUCUACUUUUGCUGUUUCUUAACCUAUUUUCACUUUCACCCCUCUUAUCCUAAAUGGUUCACAGCUUGAUUGGUGAGUCACAAGGCUUAAUAUCGCAUUUGAUCAGUGUAUACCUCAUAUUCUCAUGUCAUUUGCAGUUCUCAUGAUAUUACAGUGAAUAGUGUUUCUGUCUCCUAUCCAGAACAAUGCCCAAGAUACCAUUCCUGGGUUGUACACUUGCAUUCCAUACUGUGGAGGUACAGAUAAAGAAAUAGAGGGGAUUAGAAUUGUGUAUAUAAUUUCUUCUGAGCUUGGUCAGAAGAGGGUUGUAUGUUUGUUUUACAUUUGUGACCAUUGCAAAAUUGCAUAAUUGUAGAACUGCUAUGCCUACAAGUUAAUUAGAUCCUAGAGGCUGAAGGCUGAGGCCCUUCUAAUCUUGGGAAAAGAUUGGCUAUUUGGGUGGGCACGGGCGCUCGGCGUCUGAGCUGAACCCGUAGGCUGUCGGUGAACUGCUACCACGGCCUAAUUGUGUUUGGCACUUGCCCCAUGUCAGUUGGGAUACAUUGUGAAUGCUAUUUCAGAAGAGCUUACCUCUUGUACAUUCAACAGUCGACUCACAACUUGCACAAGGGAAAUUCUGACUGUUCAAAUAGAAAAAAGCAUUGCCGUCAUAUGUGCAGGUGUUGGCACAAUGUGAAUCUUUGCCAACCAGAUUAGGGUUCUUAACUGUAGAGCAGUAGAGUGAUGUU